UUCAAGCGCAGUCUGCUGGAUACCAGAGAGUGGAGAGAGUGAGAGAGGCGAGCCUUUAAAUCUCUGCGGUGCAGAGCUGGAAAAGCUGCUUCUCAGCGAAAAUCAGACGCCCUAUUUACACCGCUUACUCGCUCCUUUUAUUUUCCUGGGGAAAAAAGGGACUUACAACCAAGAAAUUGCAACGAGGACUGGUGCCCGUCUCAGCGAAUUAACGUGGUAUUUCUUUUAUUGUUAUUAUUUAUGUUUUUUUCUUGUAAAUGCACUUCUGCUGAAGGGACUCGGGUUUUACUUUUGCACUGAGACGCACAGCUUUCUACCUCCCGCCUGGUCUCUCUGCCAGAUUAUUCCAGCAGAAGUAGGCUAUAUGACGCAAACCGUGUGCAGAGCAUUAGUCUGAAAGUUUUCCUCCACGACUUUUUUUUUCUUUUUUCCUUUUUUUCCACCAACCACACGCUGUUUCAUGCUACAGCAAGUCAGUGCACAGCGGUGGAGGAGCCAAAAGAACUAUUGCAUGAAACAAGAAAGGAGAGAAGAGACGCUGAUUAAUAAGUCAGUUUUUGCGACGCUCGCCAACACUUUUGCAUAUCUGCAAAAGAGUCGCGACAACAACAUGAGCGCAGAGCUGAGCAUGGGGCCGGAGCUGCCCAGCAGCCCUCUGGCUCUGGAAUAUGUGAACGAUUUUGACCUGAUGAAGUUUGACGUGAAGAAGGAAGGCCUGGCCGGGCUGGAUCGCAACGGGGUGCGCCAGUGUAACCGUCUCCAACCCCAAGGCUCUGUGUCUUCCACCCCUAUCAGUACACCCUGCAGCUCGGUGCCCUCGUCGCCCAGCUUCAGCCCCACAGAGCAGAAAAACCACCUGGAGGAGCUGUACUGGAUGCCGAACAACGGGUACCACCAGCAGAUAGACCCGCAGACGCUAAGCCUGACCCCGGAGGACGCAGUGGAGGCCCUGAUUGGAGCGACAGCUCACGGCCACCCUCCGCCUCCGCACGUCCAACAGCAGCUGCAGCAGCAAGGCGCUUUCGAGGGCUACAGGGGCCCGCAUCACCACCACAGCCAUCACGGCCACAGCCAGCAGCAUCAUCACCCCUAUGCUGGGGGCAUCCCGCACCACGCCGAGGAACUUUCCGGGCACCCGGGCGGACACAGCCACCCACAUAGCCAGCAUCAUCAUCACCACAGCCAAGACCCCGACAGCCCAUCUCCGGUGUCCCCAGAGUCCCACCAGCCGCUGCACCAUCACCGCCACCAUCAUCACCACCAUCCACACGGCCACCUGAGCCAGUCAGCGGCGCACCACAGCUCCGGGGGCGGACUCAACGUGGAGGACCGUUUCUCCGACGAGCAGCUCGUAUCCAUGUCGGUGAGGGAGCUCAACAGACACCUACGGGGCUUCAGCAAGGACGAGGUCAUCCGCCUCAAGCAGAAGAGGAGGACCCUGAAGAACCGGGGCUACGCUCAGUCCUGCCGGUUCAAGCGGGUGCAGCAGAAGCACGUGCUGGAGAACGAGAAGACGCAGCUGAUGAACCAGGUGGAGCAGCUGAAGGCGGAGAUCACCCGGCUGGCGAGGGAAAGGGACGCCUACAAACUCAAGUGUGAGAAACUGACGGGGUCGGGGGCCAAUAACGGGUUCCGCGAGGCUGGCUCAACCAGUGACAACCCUUCAUCACCAGAGUUUUUCAUGUGAGUUGUCAUAGCCUUUUUCUUGUGAACCCUCCAACUUACUCAACAAACUACCCCGACCCCCACUCCACCACCCCCCGACACCUUUACUUUCUGACUGACUUUGCUGAUGAGCGAACGAUAAUAAUCCACACCUCCCAUACUGUUUGAUUAUACUAAUAACGGUAACAAUUAUAUUCAUAUUAGACGAAUAAUCCAUCAGAUAGUAUUCUCAUAUAUAAUCAUCUCACCAUCCACGUGUCAACUGAGAUACAAAGAGCAAUGUAGAGUGUCCGAUCAGUCGCAGCAUCUUUGUAGAUUAGUUGCUUGUAGUGAAGAGACUUUUGUUUUUCUUCUUCAAAGAAGAGGAGCGACUGAUGAACUUUUUUUGUUUGUUCGUUUGUCUCUCAUUUGAGGCUCCAGCUUUUGAAUCACCUGUAAGUAGUGUGGGACGGCGACAAGGCAGUUGUAUUUUUGCUGACAUUCUUAUGAACCAACAAGCAGGCCCGAUCUCACAGCCUGCAACUCACGAGACUCACAUUCGACAAGUGGGCCCGAAAUCUGAAGAAAAAAUUAACAAAUAAAUCUUUAAAAAAAAGAAAAAAACUGAAAAAAAAAAACGGGACACCACUUUAUGCAAAUUUAUCUUCCGUCUACUAACCCGUCACGGGAGGGGACAUUUUAUGCAACAUCUCAUUGAUUUAUUGCCUGCUUGGUUAUAUUCGAAUAUAUAUUGAAAACAAAACAAAAAAAAUCUGCAUUAAAUAUUAAUCCUGCAUGCUGGACAUGUACGGUAAUAAUUUCUAUUUUGUACCUUCAUCUUCUCGUGUAUAUUAAGAGCAUGUUGUUGAUCUGCGCUUUUUGGGGGGUGGGGGGUUAGAGAAAUGCAGCGGGGACAGAACAGCAGGACUGGCGGUGCAGUAUCAUGGUGUGGGCUUCUUUUUCUUUUUGGGGGGGCUUGUAAAUAUUAUGCAACCGCGAAAACUGCACAACAAGAUUGAGGAGGCUGGUUUGUACUUCUUUCUGUGUGUUGUGUUUUUAUUUCAUUUGUUAUGAUUUUUUUUUUUUAUCGUGUUGGGUAUUGUUUGAAAGAGGAGUGCAUUUGUUUUCCCAGUUGCAUUUAAAUACAGCAAAACUGUGUCAAGUGCACUUUUUUUGGAUAAUGAUUUGCGAGUUUUUCAUUUUGAAUUUUGUGCAGACCCCCCUACAGGAAAGACAUACUAUGAUGUAAUACUGCAAUAAUAUUAAAGGCAGGCCUCAGUGCGAACUUUUAAGAGUCGUAUUUAGGACGCAUGUUGUGUGAGGCAGAGGAGACAAGCAUGUGACCACGAUAUUAUUCAAACCAGAUUACGCAGAGUUUAUACUCCAUUGCACCGAAGGCUGGAUACCGCGUGUAUUAACACUCUGCUAUUUUCACACUCAGUGUAGCUUUUAUGGCACAUAUUCAGUGGGGGGGAAAGGUGUUAUCUGCAUUUCUAAACAAAUUAGAACUAAACAAGCCCAAAUAUUUUUCAUCAUAAUUGGCAGCCACCUGUAGCGCCCCCCCCCCUCCUCCAUUGGACCAGAUGUUGAUCAUUUAUAUUUUACGCAAUAUUUAGAAAAUUCACAGUUACGAUUUAGAUAACACGAAUGUUUUUUAUAGAAAGUUUGAAUAUUAAUGUUCUAUGUUUUUCCUGAUUUUUUUUCUGCCGGUCAGUAAAAAAAGGGGAUCCAGGUUGUGCAAAGUCUCAAAAUGAAAACAAUGUGUAUGUUAUGUAAUACUUUUUUUUCCUUUGUUUUAUUAUUAUUUGAUGAUUCUGGUUCUGCUGGCCAGAUGCAUAGUUAAAAGUUUUUAUUUUAAUGAUUUAAAUUAAACUGUCAGAUCAUAUCGAUUAAAGCAUGGUGCUUGCAUUGAAACUGUUGUUGAAAAGUCAUGCAUUUAACAAUCUUUGGUUUGUUACUGAUUCAACUGUGUUGAAAUCGAACUGAAACUGCAGCAGCGGGUUGUUGUUUUGUUUUCACCAAUUUCAUGUACUUGGCGAUGAUGGGGAUCAACUUUCAAUCCUGUUUAUAUAAAUAAUAGUAACACUUAAAUUUGAACUGUUCCAUUCAGGCUGGUUUCUGUUUUGUCUCUUUUUGUUGUUUUUUGGAAGAAAUUGUUUCCUAUUUUGCUUAUUAAAGUCAUUGAAAUGGCAA